GUUUUUGGUGGGUGGGUAGAUGGGUUGGUGGGCUGGUGCAUGUCUCGAUAAGCAGGUAAAUAGGUGCCUAGGUAGGUAGGUAGGUAGGUAUGCCCGCACACGUGCAUACACACACGCAUACACAUUGUAAGGCAACAAAGCAAAACAAAGCAAAGCAAAGCAACACAAGACAACAAAAAACAAACCCUCUUCAAACCACCCUACCUUCCCCCCUCCCUCCCUCCCUCCCUCCCUCCCUCUCUCUCUCUCUCUCUCUCUCUCUCUCUCCUAAUACUGUACGUACCCACCACACCCCACAUCCGCACGACUCCAUCCCCGUAGGUACAGCGACAAGACACUGCAUAGCUACCACCCACGCGGCAGUAGCGCGCAAGAGCCGGCUAGCCAUGGUGUUGUCGCUAGCGCGUGGGCGUGCAUGGCAUGCCGUGCGAGGAGCGUGUAUACGGCUUUAGGGCAGUUGCGGUGCGCUUGUCCGCGUGGGGACGGAUGGGGACCUGGGG